AUGGACGAAUGCUUAAACGAAUAUAUUCAAACUGCGGAAGAAUCACUCGAACUGUUACAAGAAUUGCUAGCCGAGAUCAAAGUACAUCAAGACAGGUGCAUUGGUUUACAAGAAAUGGGCAUAACGUUUUCAGUUCUUGGUGGAAUAAUUACCAUCGCAAGUAUUGCUUUAGCACCAGCUACUGCUGGGGCCUCCCUUGUUGGUGUUGGUUAUGGCAUAGCUACAGGUGCCGCAGGAGCAGUUACCAAAGCAGGAGAAGCCGUUGCUGAUAUGAUCUUCACAAAGAAUUACUCCGGCGAACUACUUCAAAUCGAUAGUCGACUAGAAGAUGUUGCAAAAAGGUUCUACGAGUACGUGGAUCAAAUUGAAGCUGAAGCUGCACGCAUUAUCAAGGAAGAUGGUGUGCAGGAAGAGGAAGGUUGGAGACAGGCUAUGGUACUCUUAUUAACUACUGGAAAGAUAGCCUGGAAAGGCAAGCAAGUUACCGGCAUUGCUUUAAACAUGGGGCCGACUACGGGCUCAACGUUGUUAAAAAAUGGAGGCAAAGUGUUCGAGGGCAUGCGAGUUAAUUCUAACUUGCUCAUGUCCUCAGUCAACAAAAUGGGCUUUGAUGUUUCGAAACGAGCAGCGUUCAGCGCGGUCAAAAGUGCUACAGUCGUUCUUAAUGUCGCUUUUAUUUUCUGGGAUCUCAAAUCUGUGGCUGGCAUUAUUAACAGUGAUCACAUCCUUGCCGAACCUGUGGAGACGCAAAUUGGUAAAAUUGAAGAGCUAUUGAAGAACUUAAAAGACUUUAGAGACUCGAUUGACUUUUAA